AUGUCGGACGCAGAGCAGGACACCGCCAUGCACGAUAGCGACAACGAGCAGCAGGACGAGACCAGCCAGGCGCAACAACAGCAGCAGCGCGACGAGGAGCAGCCGCAGAAGCAGUUCGACAUCUUCGGUGGAGAGGACUCUGACCUGACGGAACUGGAGGACUCGGACAACGAGGACGGACCCGCCGGCCGCUCACGAACCGCCUCUCCCGCCCUCCGCCGCUCCGCCUCCCCCGCCCGCUCUGCCACUCGCUCGCCCUCUCCGGACCACGACGAUGACGCCGGAGACGACUACCAGGACGAGAGUGCGAAGCUGAAGAGAUUGAAGAUCGCUAAGAAGAAGAGGAGCGCAGAGGAUGAGGGAGACGAGCCAAGGCCUAAGAAGAAGCGCUCGUCGAAGAAGGCAAAGCGAAGGGAGGAGGCUCUUCAGCGUGAGGAGGAGGAGGAUGCGCAACUCGACCCCGAAACUCGCCGCCGCAAGCAGCUCGCGAGCAGGCUCGACGCGAUCGUCAAGAAGCCGACGGGCAAGGGCAAGAAGAAGAAGCAGCAGGAUGAGGAGGACCUCGAGAUGAUGAACGACGAGGCAGUCGCGACGCUCCGCAGCGAGAUGCUCAAGGCGGCCGACCUGGACCAGGACGAGAACGACGUCGGACGUCCUGCCGUCAACAAGCUUCGCCUCUUGCCUCGCGUCGUCGACCUGAUGCAGAAGUCUGCUCUCGCCGACACGAUUGUCGAGGGCGGCAUGCUCGAAGCCGUCAAGCGCUGGCUCGAGCCGCUCAACGACAAGUCCCUCCCCGCCUUGACGAUCCAGCGCCCUCUCUUCACGCUGCUCAAGAGCUUGCCAAACAUCGAGACUUCGGCGCUCAAGUCGUCCGGUCUCGGCAAGAUCGUCUACUUCUACACCAAGUGUCGCCGCGUCGACCCCGCCAUCGCCCGCAUUGCCAACCAACUCGUCAGCGACUGGAUGCGUCCGAUCCUCCGACGCUCGAAGGCCUACGUCGACCGAGACGCCUCUGCAGCGCACGCGUCGUUCUCGAACGCGACGUUGCAGGCGGCGAAGGAGGUCGAUGCGGGCGCGACGAGGCAUGCGAGGAUCCCGCAGGCUCUCACGGCGACGUUUGCGGUCGCGCCGCAGAGCCUUGUUACGGGCCAGGGCGCGGGGAUGCCCGGACAGGGAAGCGGAGCGAGGAUGCGCCAGUACAAGCAGAAGUUGCAGGCUGGCCAACAAGCUGCCCGCAGGAUGUGA